AGUGAGUCCCGGUACACAAGAAAAAAUCCAUUAUGAAUCAAUUCUAUCAUAAGCCUACUCUAAUCUAUUCUUAAUGGAUUUAUUUCGAUGUUAGGCGGAUGCUUCCAGUUAACUACCAUCAAUUCAAGUCACACCACGGGCAUUUAGCAUUGGCCAGUUUUAACACUCAAGAACGUGGGCUGUCUAGCAAAAUAGCUUUUUCUUCAAGUCCUCUAGGGUUUACGUCGGAGUAUCAACCUGCGACACUUUUUUUGGUUCUGUCACUGCAAUUUUAUUACAAGCUCCAUUGUUUAGACUUCUUUGCUAUCCUUGUUUUGCGUCACGUGUGGUAGUAACUGGGUCUUACCUCAAAGAUGAAUAUGCACAUGAGCAUGCGGUCAACGCACAUACAAUGAGCUCGAAACGGAUUUCGAAAGUCACCUAAUUAAUAGGUGAGCUCCUUCACCGAACGCAACCAUUAGUACCUCCUUCAGUUCUCGCUCUUCCAUCUUAUAGUUAUCCUAAUUAUAGGACUGUUUCAGUAAUUGGCACUGACCGAAUUGGUCAACACCAAUGGCGUAAUUUCUUUUCUGGUGCAAGUUUCACAAUACAUACCGGUUCCAUUUCCUCUGGGAGAUAAUUGUCGACUUGUGGCACCAUUUUGGGCUGAUGUUAAUACAAGAAAUGGUGGAGAAGUAUUCUACCGAGAGACCACAGAUCCUAACCAGCUUCAACAAGCUACUGAUGACGUCUGAAGCAUCUUUGUCAUGAUCACAGAAAAUUUUGGGCCACGUGGUUAUUAAUGGCAAUGUGACACGAGGCGGCAUACUAUGGUGCACGCGGGGAUAACAGAAGUAAAUUAGGGCAAAUUUAGAUAAAAGUAAAUGCCUUAGUCUUCUUUUUCGUUUAAUAAUAAGCACAAGAUGAAUUAUCCUUUUGAUAUAUGACCCAGGUCGCCCCAGCAGUAUGCUUAUGCAUAGAAUAUUACACUUGCCAAGUUAUAUUUCAAUUUACGGACUUAUUGAGCCAAAAUCUUGUCCGAGCCACUGCACUUUAUAAUUUCUUGAAAAUGUGCCUUUAGAUUGUAUCUCGAUAGAAGACACAUUUCGAGACGGUACCGUGCUAGAACGUUACACUCAAGAUGGGGGAUUAAAAGGCUGUGGUCUGUUCUACCUUGUUUACAUGGGGAGUGGAAUGGCUCCAAGCCGAGUUGCCACGAGACAGAUGGUUGACGAACUACUACGAAAGUUUGCCCAAGAGAAUUUCGGCCAUGGAUAUUACACUGCCGUUCAUGGCGAAAUUGAGAAAGUACAACCCCUGGUACUGGCGAUAAAAAAGUAUCCUCCGAUAUGGAAGCGACCUUUUAAAACAUCUCAAAUCAUAGUCCUGGCGGGACUAGAAAAGUACUUAAAGAGUAAAGAGGAAGCUCUUGGGUUUCGUGAUUACUUAAAAUCUAAGAUCAAAGAAGAAACAUUUCAGUCGAAACAAAAAAUUGACAAAGGAUCCAGGACUAAGGAACUGGAUGCAAGCUUCGUAGGACAUCUGGAGGGAACUAUACGGUUAAACGAUGAUCAAGGAGUUCUAGAGCUGGGUAACCUGAGUCAGAAAUAUAUUGACGAUCCAGAUCUCCGUGAAAUUCUGGCGAAAACGGCCUUAGAUGCCAAAAUAAUGCAUAGUUUUGCGGAUGGCGAUAAAGUUCUUCUUAUAACAGAGGUGAUUUACAGUGGGAAGUUCGAAAUGAAAAGAGGGAAACAAUGGAAGAUCCAGGCUGAACUUAAACUGCCGGAACCUCCAACUCCAAACCAUUCUGCGAAAAGACACUACAGGGUCACAAGUUAUUUUGGAGAGAUGCCGUCCAGGGACUUCAAGGCACCGAUAUUAUUUAGGUGCUGCAAUGUUAAUUACAUCAAAGAAGAAAACCGACUGGAAAUCCCGAAGGGAGAAUUUGUCGGUAGAUCAGUGCUCUAGGAAAUGUCAGGCGACGGAUUUCACGAGCCCAGGGAGACUGAGACAUAUGCUUACUUUUAAUGGAAAGGAUGCGAAAUUAUUAGUCCACAUGCUUUUGAUAUGUAUUUUUCACCCUCUAUCUUUAGAGGCCCUUGACAAAUGCGUAAGCUGCAGUCGUCAACGGGUAAAUUAUUGACUAAAGUGCGAAUUCGAACCUUAGUUUUUAGUGCCUGAUUUUUACAGUAUCUGUAGACAUAUAUAAUAUAUAUGUUAAACGUUUCCCAAUCAAGUGUAAAAUUAUGACCUCAAUAAACAAAGUAGAUAACUUGAUAACAUCAA